AUGCCUCUUCCCCUCCAAUCCCCAGACCACGUCGCCCACAUUCAUCUGUGUCGCACUGGCUUCCAUUCAAUUGUCUCCUCAAAACUCGGCCACAAUUUCUACAUUCAUUUGAAAUCCAACACGGUCCAUCACCUGAAAAAAAUCCGUUGCGUCGUGACGGCCGUCGGAUGGAAUCCCGACUAUUCGAAGGAUUCCGAUACGACUGGACCGAUUCUUUUGGGGACGUUACAGGGUUCUAUCAUAGAGUUGAAUGUGGGAAGUACGGGAAUGAUGACGACACUGAAAGAGCUAACACCACACGUUGCGCAGAUCGCUGAGCAACGAAUGACGAGUGCUCCGUCGCCGGCGGCAGCGAUUACGGAUAUUCAACUCUUCCAACUCUCGGACGACGACCCAAAGGCCCCGAAAAAAUGGAUGUUGAUCAUAGCUCAAAUGGCUCGUCUCAUCGUCCUAAUCAUGGAAAACGAGCCGCCGCCAACGCUGAAGCUAGGCGGUUUCACAAGCUCCGCCUCCUUACAAGCUGGCCUCAUGAAUCUCGGCGCUGAGCAAUCGCCGACUACCGUAUUCCACGCGUUCUUCAAUUCGCCCAACACCCAGCAACACAUAAUUUCUAGCUCGAAAUUCUCGGAAAAAUUCAAAAAUCACGGAUUCCUGACGAUGCAUCCGUCGAUGACGGAACCAAAACGAUACGCUUGGCUGUCGCCGGAUGGAAUAUCGAUUGGAAGUGUGAAUAUUUAUGCGGAGAGAAUUCAAGAAGUCCUAGUGGAAGAAUUCAAUAUUGAACACCGCCUGAUCGAAGGCCGUCUUGAACCACCCACAGGCAUUGCUCUAACCGACUACCACAUUCUCCUAGCCUACUCCUCUCGAGUCCUCGCCCUAUCUCUCCUCCCACCCCACGACGUCGUUUUCGAAGAUCCAUGGACGCCGGAAUUAGGCUCCGCCCUCGGAUUCACCACCGACUCUGUCACUGAAUUCCAUUGGUUGUACACGUCGGAAGUGGCAAUGAAGUACGGUACGAAUGAUGAGGCUAGAUACAUUUGGAAGACGUAUCUGGAUCGGGGAGAUUAUGCGAAGGCACUGCAAAUCGCGAGAACUCGAGUGGAGAUUGAGCCGGAUGCGUUGGAAAUGGUGCUCAGGAAACAGGCGGAUUUUUAUAUAAGGGAGAAGAAUUUCACAGCGGCCGCCGAAAUCCUGGCCCAAUCGAGUGAGCCAUUCGAAUCGGUGGUCCUAAAAUUUCUGACAAACUCAUCCGAACGAAAAAUGGGUCUGAAAACGCUUCUAGACAAGAAGCUGGAGCGCCUGACACGUCAUGAAGACAAGAUUCGUCGGGAUGCUCUGGUGAUGUGGCUUCUGAACGUCCAACUAGAGGAGCUGGCUGAAAUGCGACGACUGAAAAAUAAUAUGACGGAUCCAAUGGCGGCGGACCAUCUAAAAGACACAAUGGACCAUGUUCAACGAUAUUUUAUGCGGAAAAAUGUGAUCGAAUCGAUUCAAACGAACCGGGAAGCGGAUCUCCGUACCGUAAUCGACAUUCUCAUGCUCCGUGAGCAAUACAUUGAAGUGCUCGACGUGCUAAAAAAUCAGCGAAUCUCCGAGCUGACCUACGAAAUGUGUCCGUUGCUCAUCGAGCACAUUCCCAAGCAAAUAAUCGGAUUUUUAAGCCAAAAUUUGGAUCAAAUGUCCCCGCAAAAACUGACUCCGUGCCUGUCACUUUGUAUCAAAAAUCUGGAAAUGGCCGCGCCGGCGUUGGACUUCUUGAAGGAAUUCCUCAAAUCGAACAAGUAUUCGGAUGUGAAGAAUUUCCGGAAUCUCCACAAUAUUUAUUUGCACUUGAUGGCGAAAUUCAGGAGGGAGAACCUUCUAAAGUACUUGAAAUCCAAUGAAAAAGGACGAGCCGAGCUACCGUAUGACUUGGAUUUCGCGAUGCGGACGUGUGAGCAAUUUGAGCUCGACGAAUGCAUCGUCUUCCUCUACUGCAUAGCUGGAAUGUUCGGCGACGCCGUCGACAAAGCACUAGUCAAUGACGUGGAUUUGGCGAAAAAGUGUGCGAAAAAGAUGGACGAAGCCGAUUUGGACUUUGCGUAUUUGGCUGGAAUUGGCGUCGGUGGUGAUGGAAACGAAUUCAUUCGACCGAAGCUAGAUGAGAAGGCGAAAAAAUCGAUUUGGCUGAAAAUUGCAGAGUAUUAUGUGCAGAAGGAGAACGACGUGGAUAAGGCGAUUCAGAUUAUACAGGAAUCCAACCACCUGAUCACCAUUCAAGACCUCUUCCCAAUCAUCCCGAAAUUCACAAAAGUCGGCACUCUCCGGCCGGUUAUCAUGGAUUUUUUGAUGAGAAAUAAGGAUCGGCUGGAGAAAUUGGAGAAAUCGAUGAAGGAGGCGACGGACAUUGCGACGGAGAUUCGUGAGAAACAGGAGAAGCUCAAGAAUCGAACGACGGUGGUGAAGCCCUCCGACGUCUGUGCCCACUGCGCCCGCCCGAUUUCUGGCCGAGCCUUCAACGUCCACUCGUGCCGUCACCUCUUCCACAGAGAAUGCCUCGAAAUCGCAAUGAUUCCAUUCUUGACGGCAGAAGACGUCGCCCGCAUGAAGACGUUGAUCAACGAUGAGGAUCGUGUGCUGGGUCAAAUGAAAGCCGAGCAGUUGGCUGGAAAUGCGAAGGGUUUCGUUGAAAAGCAAGACAAAUAUCUGAAAAUCGCGGCGCUGAUUGGCAAUAUUGUCGGCAACGAGUGCCCGUUGUGUGGUGAUAUUGCGAUAUCACAAAUCGACAAGAAAUUCAUGAGCGACGAGGAGUUUGCAACCGAUCUCAACUCGUGGAUUCUGUAA